UGUGAAACCACAAACAACCUUCAUAAAGCUAAAGCCAAAAAAUUUAUUUUCUUGAGUUAUAUUGUUUUCAAAAGUAACUGUUAUACAGUUGCAUUGCAUAUUGUUAACAUUAAUUGCAGUUGAAUCGCUCUCGAUGGUGAGUUAAUAUAGAGUGUGUUCGUCCAAAAUCCACAUAAAUAUAAAUCUAUCGUCUGUGACGAAAGGAGAUUAUGGCUAUAAAGACAAACGACACACAUUCCAGUGACGAAGUAGAAUUGAAGAGUGGUGUAAAUUUCAAACCCGAAGAAAACCCUAUACCAAACAACGAUGCAAAUCAAACACAAUCGAUAUCGGGUGCUGUUGAAAAGAAUGAUGUCACAACAACUCAGCCUCAUAUAACAUACAAUUUUAACUGUUUUAACUGCGAAAUAAACCUGAGCGGAUCGACAACCGAUAAUACUCCAUUCAAUCGAAACGUCAUUUACAACACAGCUGUUACAUCUGUUCGUUUUGCACUGAAAACAGCUUUAGUUUUUCUUGCGAUAUAUUUACUACUUAAAUAUCUCUUUCAAGACGCAAUUGGUCCAUUAGUUGAUUCAUUGAGGCCAACCGGUAUAGGUUUCACAUAUGCAAACAGAUACCCCCGUUCCAAUAAAACCGACGGCGUUAUGGGACAUAACAAUGUAACUCAAAAUCAAAUGUAGGGAAAGAAUAAAAUUUUCAUAAAAAAAUACGGAGUGGGUAAAAUUCGACGUUCAUCGGUGUGAGUGACCAAAUAUUAAUUCCGUGAUGCAAUAAAAUUAUUGUUUUGCUCAAU